CGAGGAGUUUGGGGCAUCUGGCGCACACAUAUGUAUGCUGGUCUUUUCUGGCCUCCCUUCAGCUCCACGGAUCGGACUCAGAGUCAAAGUAAGGCAACCGUUUCAGACCCCCAAUUUCCAAUUAUAUCUCUCUGCUUCCUUGGUUCAAGCGAAGGCUGUAAGGUUCACAGGUAGCACUGAUCUGCCCGGCUGAAGCUCUCAUCCAAUCAAAGCACCAUCACCGCUUCACAAGACAAUUCCAAGGCUUUAGCAGCAAUUAACACCAUGGCUUCUACCUACGUUCAUAUUGGCGAUCUCAAAGAGAUCCCGGAAGAUGCUCCACCAACCCUCCACUUCCUUCGGUCCUUCAUCUCCGCCCUUGACGGCACCUCCCACACCACCCGCUCCCUCCAUUUCUCCCCCAGUGCAACAAUCAAGACUAAUGCCGAUGCACCGCUCCCUUUCGCCGGCAUGGCCAAGAUGUUCGAAAUGCGCGACCAGAUGACCGCGUCCUUCUCCCACACCGUGAACCGGGUCUGGAUCAUUGCCGAAGCUGAGGACAAGGUCACUUUACUCAUGGAUUGGAGCUCUACGACAAUACUCAAAGGGAAGGAAGACAAGCCAGCGUUCGUGGCAGAGUUCGCAGCGCUGAAGUUGGGGAAGGCAGGGACGGAAUUUGACGAGGAAGUCCAAGGCCCGAGGGGCGUGAAUGGAUUCUGGAUUGAGAAGGUGGAGAACUGGAUGGAUCCGAGUCCAGUGCAGGAGGCCAGGAAAGAGAUUCUCGAGAAGGCGGCACCGAAGGUUUAGGUUUUGCGGGUCAAAGGAGGAAUAUUUGGCAGUGGCCCUGGGAUGAGGGGGAAGAUAUGCGUCUUUAGUGUGGUUUCUAUGGCUUGUAGCGAGGUGAA